UGCAGACCUGGAAGUAACCCCAUCUAAUUCUGUAGAGAUAGUGCUGCUCAUCAGUCUAGCCAUGGAUUCGAGCUCCCUGAUAUCUCAAGGUCAAAUAUGCAGAAGUACAUGGGACUUUCCAGGAACUCCUCUGCUAGGAAUAUGGACACUUUUAAAACGAUUGGGUACCCAAGUGAAGCAAAUAAGUCGUCUAAAGCUGGGAUUUUAAAUUCAAAGACAACUCUUGCUGAAGAGAAUUUAAGAGAUUUCCAGCUUAAUCAGGUAAAGAAAGAAUCAGGAGCGCAUAAGAAAAUCUUCUCACCACAGAGAAUCCAGCUUCCUGCAUAUUUCAAUACUCCAAGAAGGGUUGAAGAUGGAUUAGUGAGGAACAAGAUUUCUUCUCACAAGACUAUCAUUCAGAGCUUACUCAAGAAUAAUUCUGGACUCUCAAUGAGCUACAAGGACUCGUACAACAGAAUAAUGGCUAAUAAGAGACUCAAGGAUUACCACAUGCUUGCAUUUGCAUGCAAGAGAGCAGGUAAGCAUAGAGAUGAAGGCAGAGCUUACUACAGUGAAGGAGUUCUCUGCGAUAACCUUUCUAAAUACAAACAAGCUAUUGGGUAUUACAAGAAAUUCCUUGAAGUCUGCAAGGCUAUUGGGGAUAAUCACGGAGAAGCCCUCGCUUACAACUGUAUUGGAGUUGAUUAUCAGAAAAUGGCAGAGGAAGAUCCCUCACUGUAUAAGAAAGCUAUUGAUAUGCAUCUCAAGCAUAAGGAGAUUGCUGAUACUUCAGGGAAAUUCAUCUCUCAUGUGAACCUUGGAAUAAUUUACAACCAACUUGGUGACCAGGAAAAGUCGAAUAUCAACCACCAUUUUGCAUUAAGAUACGCAGUCCAGAUGUCUAGUAUCCCAGGCCAGAAGGUGGCUCUUGGAAAUCUUGGAAAGAUUGGAACUUACAGCUUCUCUUCAAAUCCUGAGAAACUGCUUAAAUUUGUUGAAAAUUACAUUGAACUUAGUGAGAAGGAUCAAGAGAAGGACCCAAAUGCUUAUCUCAGAUUAGGGCAAUUACUAAGCACAAAGGGCAAAUAUGACGAGUCUUCAAAACAAUUCUUCAAAGCUAUCUCGGCAGCUGAGAAAGAAGGAGAGAAAACUAUCAAAAACGAGGCUGUCAUCAACUUUGGUAUGGCUACGGCUAAUGCUACCUGGAAGGACAAAUGCAAACAAAUCACUGAGCAGUAUAAGACUCAUGCUUAUAAUGAAGACCAAGGGGAGGACGAGGAAGAAUAUAUAGACGUCAAGAACAAACUUGAAGUAGAAUUACAAAAGCUCAAUGCUGAUAAUGCAUUGGAAGGGCAUGACAACAGCGUAUCUAUCAUUCAAAAAUAG